CAGAGCCUAAGGCCCAGUCCCAUUUCACCCCUUGCCCCUACCACUCAGCCCUUAGCCCUCUAUUUUGCGUGUUCACGUCCAGGGUAAGGGUGUCACAAUUUUUGUUGAGGUAGAGGGGUAGGGUGAAGUGUUAGGGCUACAUGGCCCUUCAAACGGAGGUUAUUCAGAGGCUUUUCAAAUGAGAAUAAAAGAAAAACUGGCAAGAUGGCUGCGCAAGUGACCAAAGAAACCCACAAAUCCGAAGUCACUUCCUUCACACGAUGCCCGCAGUUCUUUGUCGGAGGAAUUCCUCCAACAGUUCUGGAAGACAAAACAGACAAUAAUCGCUACGAGCAGAUCUGUCAGUGUCUUCUGGACCAGAACCAGAAGCCAGAAUACUUCUAUGCCACACUGUACGACACCAGGAACAAGAUUCCCGUCUACUCGGCCUAUGAAUUCCGUCGCACUGACUUGGACAGGGAUGAUCGCUGGUAUGUGGAGCCGCAGCUGGACGGGGGAACCAUGGAGUGCAUGGGGUCCCUAAACAAGAUCCCGUCAGCCAAUCGAGGCCUGCGGCAGGCUCUGAACAAAGACUAUGAAGGCUCUGGCUAUGACAAGGGCCACCUUUUCCCCGUUUACCACACCCACACUCUGGACACCAUGCUAGCCACCUCCACCCUGACAAAUGCUGCUCCACAGGACCCCUCCUUCAACCGCGGACAGUGGAGACGCUACGAGGAAGAUGUGGCCACUCUGCUGCAGCAGGAAUGCGAAGGAGCUUAUGUCGUGACAGGCGUCAUCCCUGGAAAUCAGCAGAUUGGGGAUGGCGUAAGAGUGGCUCAGUAUUACUGGAGCGCCUUCUGCUGUUCUGGAGGAAGUGGCGCUCUGCGCUCAGAGGGCUACAUUGGCCCCGACAACAAUGGCCGUGUGCAGAAGGUCGAAGUGAAGAAGCUGGAAGCCAUUCUGAGUGACCACUAUGGCUCAGAGUUUAGCAUCUUCCAGGGCACAUGCUAAUGCUAAUAGCUGUAGGGUUGUACUUAAAAUAAUAAUUGAUACGAAUAUGUAACGGAUGGUUUGUUGCUUGCUAGUUUUGGGAAAAUCAGAGCAGAGAAAUGAGAUUUUUCUUAUUUUUGUAGUGUUUUGGUGAAAUACGAGAGAUUAAUUGAGAUUUACUAACGUAAUAUCUGUGGCGAAUUGAUCUUAACGUGUAUUACUGCUUUUUAAAUAAUAAUAAUAAACAAGUCACUCCAGGACUGUGACUAUGAUUGGCAGCCUGGCCAAUACCUUCUUUGUCUUCAAAUGUCCAUCAAAAGCUUCUAAUAAAACAUGAAAUGUCAUUUUACAAGCCUCAAA